CAUCCGCAGCAACCAAAUCUCCCAUAUUUUCCUCUCCUCUGCCGCCGCCACCGCGUUUCUAGGGUUUCCCCCAUCCCCAAUUCGUCCGCCACCACCUCCAGCCUAGAUCCAGCAGUGAUGGCGACCGCAGAGGCAGGUGAGAACAAGAUGAUCAUGCUCAUAUCGUCUGACGGCAUGGAGUUCGAGGUAGAGGAGGCAAUCGCCAUGGAGUCGCAGACCAUCCGCCAAAUGAUCGAGGAUGAGUGCGCCGGCAAAGGCAUUCCGAUCCCCAACAUCAACUCCAAGAUCCUCUCCAGGGUCAUCGAGUACUGCAACAAACACGUCCCGACCAUGCCAACCACUGGAGCCACCGGUGCCGCCACGUCUGACACCGUGGCUCCCGCCGCCCUAGCCGAGGACCUCAAGAUCUGGGACAGAGAAUUCAUCAAGGUCAACCGUGCCACCCUCUUAGAUCUCAACCAGGCUGCAAGUUACCUCAACAUCAAGGGGUUGUUGGACCUGACUUGCCAGACUACCGACACGAUUAGUGGCCAUAAUCUGGAGGAGCUCCGUAGUUUCCUUCAGCAUCAAGAACGACUACUUGCCUGAGGAGGAGACGAUCCACGGGGAGAACCAGUGGGCAUUUCAGUAGAGGAGCAUCUAGGUCGCGUUGAGUGAACGCUUAGUAUUCUCAUGUGAACCUUAGCUGCACUCUUUGUGUUUUAAUUGGUUGUAACUGUACUGGAGUUUAUGAGGUGGCGUUAGUGAACAUAUUCAGCGUU